GGUUGGGGAAGGACGUGGGAUUUCCUCCCACACGGAAGAAGCCCACCCUGGGUUCCCACGGCAGGAUCAAACAAACGGCUCCCCGGGAGACUUUGGACGGAGCGAAUCAGGAACUCUGGGGAACUCGGCUCCAAGGCAAUCGAUCCCUCUGAGCGAUUAUGACAGCCGCCCUGCUCCUGCUCCUCACCAUCUCCCAGGGUGUUCACUGCGGGGCGUGGGAGGUGCGGACUCCGAAGACGGUCACGGCCUCGGAAGGCUCCUGCGUACGGAUCCCCUGCACCUUCGAUCACCCCGCACGGUCACCGCUCAGCGAAGUGAUGUGGUUAAAAGACAAUAAGACCCAUGGGAGUCUUGUCAUCGAUUCCAAAGGGUUGUCCAACUCUUCCUUCCUCCACCGGACCCAGCUCCACCCCGGGUGGGAAGUCGAGAAGGACUGCACGCUGACAGUAGAUGGUCUGACCCACGGGGACGUGGGUCGGUACUACUUCCGAAUAAAGACCAAAGACGGAGAGAAGUAUUCCGGGCCAGAUGGAGUCCUGGUCAAUAUAUCUGACGUGUCCAACUUGCCAAGAAUUUCCUCAGCUGAGGAGAUGGUCGAGGGAAAGGAGGUGGAGUUAACUUGCUCUGUGAAGUACGCCUGCCCUGGGCACCUGCGAUGGAACGGUUCCGACGGAUUAGACCGACUAUUGGAAACCGCGGGCACCGUCCAGAACGAAGGGAGAAACAGCCUUACACUGAGAUUUGUCGCUUCCCACCAGGACCACGGGAGGACACUGCGUUGUGUGCAGACGUCCUCACAGGGAAAGCCUCUGGUCCAAAGCAUCACCUUAAACGUGAAGUAUGCCCCCCGGUUUGUUCACCUCACCCUCUCUCCCUUCAAGCCGAUCAAUCGAGGUGAUUCUGUGACAUUGAGGUGUGGGGUUGGGGACAGUAACCCUCCAGUAACAAGGUACAGGUGGCAUCAGUCAGGGCUUGGAACAACCCAGAGCAGGGAGGUAUCGAUGGCAACACACCGGGUCAACAAUGUUUAUGGAUACUGGGAGCACUGGUGUGAAGCCACCAAUUCAGUCGGAACGGCCACCUCAGAGAAAACGAAGCUGCCGGUUUACGACAGUUACAGCUGGGCAGUGUGGACCCCCCUCUCGCUCCGCGCCCGAGAAGGUUCCUGUGUGAUCAUCCCCUGCCGGUUCCGCAUUCGUGGAUCUGGGAGUGGAGACUCGACAGCUACUGGGAUCUGGUUGAAAAGUGAUCACUAUCAUGGGGCUCGAGUGUACCACACUUCUGCCAGGAGUGGUGGUGACUAUGCAGGACGAGUCGAGUUCCUGGGAAACAUGGCUGGUGGAAACUGUUCGUUGAAGAUCCGGGAUUUAAGAGCGUCUGACAGUGACAAAUAUUAUUUCCGGAUUGAAGCAUCGGCUGGUAAAUGGUCGGAUCCAAUCGGCUUCAAACUCCUGGUAUCUGGGGAUCUGCAGAAACCAGUGAUCACAGUGCCUGAGCGUGUGGUGGACGGGGAAGGUGCGUCUCUGACCUGCUCUGUGUACAGUUACUGCCCUGAGGACACUCCUGUGUUUGAGUGGCACCUCCCUCAUCUCUCCCGUCCUCAGGAGACAGGGACAGUUUUCAAGGAUGACCAGUGGAUUUAUUCCAGCACUGUGGUGUAUGUACCAACGUUCGGGACUACCCAGCCGGCAGUGAAAUGCACGGCCAAUUUUGGACCAGGGACACCUUCAGCGGAAACGGAGGUCUCACUGGACGUGAAGUAUCCACCUCGAAACGUCACCAUCUCACUGACGGUAAACUGGGGGACAGACACUCACAGUAUGAAGGAACGAGACAGAGUUGUCCUCAGCUGUGACUGUAUCACAGCGCACCCAGCAGUCAGGGAGUACACCUGGUUCAGGGAUGGAACUGAAGUCCGGGGAGAAAGAAGCAGCAGCCUCCAAUUUCCAUCCAUAUUUUACAAAGAUUACGGGAAGUACGCCUGUCAGGCUUCCAAUGAAGUGGGCAAGAGCAGGUCAGCGGAACUCACGGUGAUGGGCAAGUAUCAACCGCAGGAUGUUCACGUUGAGUACCGUGUCAACGGUGUACGGAGCGAGACGACAGACGUUAAGGAAAAUGAUCGGCUGAAUCUGACCUGUGUCAGCACCAGGAGUGAUCCCCCGGUCUCCGGCUACUCCUGGCACCGGGGUGGAUGGCAGAUGAGCCAAGAGCAGGUGUUGCAGAUUGAGAGAAUUACCCAACAACAUCACGGCAACAGUUACCACUGUCUGGCUCAGAACGCCAUCGGGACUGGGCGAUCGGAGACAUUCACGAUCAACGUGCAGUACGCUCCGACUGACGUGCGAAUCACUUUUUUUGGGGCUGCUGUUGUUGGUAAAUAUAUUACACUGUCGUGUACAUCUGUUGCCAACCCAGCAGCAACCCAUUACAGCUGGAAGAAGGUGUGUGACUCUCAGCCAACAGAUCUGUGGACUAAUUCUCAGGAUUACCUACUGCGGGUUACACGGGCGGUCGCCUCCUGUGACUAUUACUGCAAAGCGAAGAACUCUGUCGGUGAACGGGAGUCUCCACCCCAACGCAUCGAUGUGCAGUACGCCCCCACCGACGUGCGAAUCACUUCUCCCCAGGCUGCUGCUGUUGGUGAACACAUUACACUGUUGUGUGACUCUGAUGCCAACCCAGCACCGGCCUACAGCUGGAGGAACGUGUGUGGCUCUCGGUCAACAAAUCUGUGGCGUUAUUCUCAGGAUUACCAACUGUGGGUUUCCCAGGCGGACACCUCCUGUGUCUAUUACUGCAAAGCAAAGAACUCUGUCGGUGAACGGGAGUCUCCACCCCAGCGCAUCGAUGUGCAGUACGCCCCCACCAACGUGCGAAUCAUUUCUCCCAGGGCUGCUGUUGUAGUAGGUGAACACAUUACACUGUCGUGUGAAUCUGAUGCCACCCCAGCACCAGCCUACAGCUGGAGGAAGGUGUGUGGCUCUCGGUCAACAGAUCUGGGGGGAAAUGGUAUAAAAUACCAAUUUCAUGUCAAAGUCGAGGACGCCUCCUGUAACUAUCACUGCAGAGCGAGGAAUUCCAUCGGUGAGGGGGAGUCUCCACCCCAUCACAUCGAUGUACAGUAUAAACCCAUGGAUGUGAAAAUCCAGUCGGUCGAUUCUGUGGUGGAGGGAGCACAGGCUACGUUACAAUGCCAGAGUGCAGCGAAUCCUCCUGCCAAGACCUAUCUGUGGAAGAAAGUGUGUUCUGGGCGUGAGGAGAGGCUCGAAGGAACAACGUCUGAACUUCAGAUCCAGUUUUCAUCCGGGGAUGAGUCCUGUGACUAUUACUGCAGAGCCAGGAAUGGGAUUGGAGAUCAGGAUUCUGGACCCAAACGGUUUAAUGUUCAGUGGAGUUACAGGAAAAAGGUCGCCAUCGGCCUAACACCGGUUAUCAUUGUCAUCAUCCUGAUCCUAAUCGUAGCAGGGAUCCUUUACUACAGACGCAGGAAGAAGCGGCAGGACUCCCUCAGUCACUGGAGCACAGACGCCACCAAUGUGGUCUACAGUGUCGUCAACAAGCCCAAGCCCCGUGAGAGAACAGUGUAUGAGAACAUGGUGCUGACAGAAAACGCGCAUGGACAGUCGGCCCCAGAGGAGAGCAUUCACGCCUCCGUCAGCUUCCACCACGGACCCAACAGGAAGAGGAGCGCCCCGCACACGGACACUGCCUGGACGGCGGGUUCGAGGGAUCCGGACAUCAAGAUCAGGGGCGAGCCCGGUGUGGUUUACAGCCAAGUGUGUGUCCAGCCGCGGCCGACCAAGACCCAGACCAGCGAUGAUUACGAGAACAUCGGCCACCUCUGCGCCCGGGCGGACGACGAGAGCGAUGAGGAGAUCAGCUACACCACCGUGGUCCUUCCCCCGCCGUCCAAGCCCAGCCUGCUCCGCAGACCCUCGGAAGACAGCAUCGAGUACACCAACCUGCGCCGUUAACCCCUCCCCUGCCGGACUGAUGGCUCUCUGCCCUGAACGCGAGAGACUCCGGGUGGUGUGGGGGGCCCCACCACUGCCAAAUGUGAUUGUUCAAUAAAAUGGAAUCCAGUUCUCAUGGGGGGGGUGGGGGGGUGGGAUGGGGGGUGGGGGAAGGAGAGGUGACGGAGGAGGGAGGGGCAGAGAGGGAGAGGGAGGGAAUACUGUUCAGGGCGUCAAAGGUGGAGCGAGGGGAGGGGUUCACAGAGACGGGGAGGCGUGUAGGGGAGGGAGGGGGGGUCACAGAGACGGGGAGGUGUGUAGGGGAGGGAGGGGGGUCACAGAGACGGGGAGGGGUGUAGGGGCCAGAAGGGGUGUGGUUUAGAUUAUCUGGGAUGGGUGGGGAAGAUGUUCAGAAGGGGGACAAUCAG